AUGCCCGUUGCGAGUGUACUUCAGGCGCGGGACCACCUCUCAGGUACUACACGGCUCCGAGCUUGUGCUAAGUCAUCAGUCCACCACACCCAGCGUCAUCCAUCAUGGAGGUGAACAGCACGGCAGACAUCUUGAGCUCGGCCUACCUGGCAGCAGAGUACGUGGACAACUUCCUGCCGGAGAACCCCUUGCAGCCGUCGCUGAAACACGCCUGGGGCUACAUGCUGGACAACUACACCAAGUUCCAGAUAGCCACCUGGGGCUCCCUUAUCGUGCACGAGUUCAUCUACUUCCUCUUUUGCCUUCCCGGUUUCCUCUUCCAGUUCAUGCCUUUCAUGCAGAAGUACAAGAUCCAGCAGGACAAACCAGAGACGUGGGAGAAACAGUGGAGAUGUUUCAAGAUGUUGCUCUUCAACCAUUUCUGCAUCCAGCUGCCUCUCAUCUGCGGCACAUACUACUUCACUGAAUUCUUCAACAUCCCCUACAACUGGGACGCCAUGCCACGCUGGCCGUACAUCCUGACGCAGUGUUUUGGCUGCGCCGUGGUGGAAGACGCGUGGCAUUACUUCCUCCACCGGCUGCUCCACCACCGCAGGAUCUACAAGUACAUCCACAAAGUCCACCACGAGUUCACCUCGCCAUUCGGCAUGCAGGCGGAAUAUGCCCAUCCUGCCGAGACGCUCAUCCUCGGAGCCGGCUUCUUCAUCGGCAUCAUGAUCUUCUGCAACCACGUCUUCUUCCUGUGGGCCUGGGUGGCCUUCCGCCUGCUGGAGACCAUUGACGUGCACAGCGGCUAUGACAUCCCUAUCAACCCACUCCACCUGAUCCCGUUCUAUGCCGGCGCCCGCUUCCACGACUUCCACCACAUGAACUUUGUGGGCAACUAUGCCUCUACCUUCACCUGGUGGGACAAGCUGCUGAAGACUGACAACCAGUACAACAAGUAUUUGGACAAAAAGGAGCAGUAAAGGAAGCAUGUUGUCAACAUCAACAACAAGAAUGCGCGUCUUAUAAAUCUUUAUUUAAAAGGUUUUUCUGCAGUCGAGGUCUUGUGGUCUUCUGUGGGCAGCUGCUGACUAAAAUAAAACCAUCAACUUCG